CCAGGAUCGGCGGACCGAUGCCACCAAAAUGCGCACAUCCAUCCAACGAGUUCCUCGUGAUGGAGAUGGAAAAGCUCCUUGAACAAGAAGGAGCUAAGUCCCAUCGACGGGUGGCUCCAGGCCAAGUGAACCAUACCGUUUCGUCAUACCAACGUGCCCUGCAUUCGAUUCGGACGCAUCCCGCGUCCAUUGAAACCGGCGAGCAAGCCAAAGCGUUGCGAGGCGUGGGCAACUUCAUUGCACAGAAAAUCAACGCUAUUUUGAUCCGUCUUGAGGCGGCCGCGACGUACGGCGAAGAAAUGGCAAGGCAUCUUCCGCCAGAGGAGGAUGCCGCACGGACACAGAAGGCGGCGGCGGCAUCCAAGAAGCGCAAAGCGACACCAUCCAACGGUCUAGUCGAGCACCCAAGCAGCGGUGAUGUGUCCAAGGUCUAUAAGCCAGCAAAGGGAAAAUUGCCUUGGUACGUGAUCAUGGCACUUUGGGAUGUUGGAGCCACAUCCGAAGCCCGCGCCGUGGAUUUGAGCGAACUCGUGACCGAGAUGAAGGCCUUGGGCUUUGUAGGCACAACAUCUCAACUGUCCACGCGCAUGUCGAGCCUUAUCAACGCCCACCACGUCGUAGCCAAGGCGGUGGAUGGUGGUCUCUUGUAUUUAUCCUUGGCUGGCAUUCAAAGUGCCACUCUAUGUCGCCAGGAAGCCCAACCAGCGAAUGGAUCUGGACCAACUCGCCAGCCCAGUGCCGCCACGCCGCCAUUCGAUUGGUCCACGACAAACCUGUCUAAAUUGAUACCCACCGUUCCGCAAGUCCGACCCAACGACGACGAGGCGUGGGACAUCGUGCUGCUGUUGGACCAUCGCGAGAUGAUUUCAAGAACGAAUCGAUCUGUGUUUGAACGCAAACUGCUCGAGGCGAAUGUCACGUGUGAAGUGCGCGCGCUCAAUAUUGGCGACAUGAUAUGGAUUGCUCGCGCUCCUACUCGAAUGCAUCAAGGACAACCACAGGAAUUCGUGCUGGACGUGGUCGUGGAGCGAAAGAAUAUCUCGGAUUUAGCCAGCAGCAUUGUCGACAAGCGAUACACGGAACAAAAGGCCCGGCUCAAGGAGAGUGGGCUGCGCUACGUGAUAUACCUAGUCGAAGGGUCCUUGGCAUCCCAAUCGACGUGUAUCCGAGGUGGAGGGCUGCAAACUGCCCUCACGCGCACCCAGGUGCAGCACAACUUUCUCGUAUACCACGGGGCGUCCCACGAUGAGACGGUGGGGUUCCUCGCCGCCGUGCACCGUCAUAUUGUUCACCACUUCCACCCCCAUUUGGUCUGUACGAACCCCCCUGUUCCCGCCGCGACUCUACCCUUGGCGUCGCCGCCACCGCCCCCUCUGCGCGAUUUUACCCAAGUGGUACCCGUGACGUGGCAGCUCCACAGCGAGUUUCAAACGGCGUCGCGGAAAAAAGCCGCGCUCACCGUGGGCGAAAUCCACCAAAUGAUGCUCAUGCAAGUGCCAAAACUCGGCCGCGCCACCGUGUCGCAUGCUGCCGCGACGUUCCCGACCAUGGCCAGCUUGUGGACCCACGUGCAAGGAGGCCACCCAUUGGCGCUUGGAUCCACCACUCGCCGCGCGGCCGAGCCCCGCCACACGUUUCUUGUCGACUUAAUCAGUCGACCAACCUAUACGACAACAGCCCCAACAACAAAGUACUAGUAGUAGUUUUAGUAACGUUCCUGCUAUAUUAAUAGUAGUAAUCAUGC